UCAUAGUCAGACGACUCAGACCUACCCCAGAAAGAACAACACAAACGUUUCCACGCACGACAAACCAUCUUCAACAUCUCUAAAGUCCUACACCUGAUGAACCCCGUCGCCGCAACCAAGAUGUCCGGCCUGCUGCUCCGGCAGCUCAGCCAGCGGGUCCUCUCGACAUCGGCCUGCCGGGGUCUGGUGGCCGAGACGUCGGCUAACUUGAGGCACGUGGGUUCGGUCGGUGGGGUCCGAUACAAGAGCACUCAGGCCACUGAUGCCGCGCAGGAGGAGAAGGGCGAGAGCAGCAAGGCCAUCUCUAGCUACUGGGGGAUCGCUCCACCUAAGAUCACCAAAGAGGACGGCUCGGCCUGGAAAUGGAACUGCUUCAGGCCUUGGGAGGCUUACACGGCGGAUGUUUCCAUCGAUGUGGAGAAGCACCAUAAACCAAACAACAUGAUGGACAAGUUUGCUUACUGGACUGUUCAGACUCUCAAAAUCCCCGUUGGGCUCUUCUUUCAGAGGCGGCACAUGUGCCACGCGAUGCUGCUGGAGACGGUGGCGGCCGUGCCGGGCAUGGUCGGCGGGAUGCUCCUGCACUGCAAGUCCCUCCGGCGGUUCGAGCACAGCGGCGGGUGGAUCAAGGCGCUCCUGGAGGAGGCGGAGAACGAGCGGAUGCACCUCAUGACCUUCUGCGAGAUCGCGCAGCCCGCGUGGUACGAGCGGGCGAUCGUGUUCGCCGUCCAGGGCGCCUUCUUCAACGCCUACUUCGUGGCCUACGUGGUCUCUCCGAAGCUGGCGCACAGGAUCGUUGGGUACCUGGAGGAAGAGGCGGUGAUCUCCUACACCGAGUUCCUCAAGGACUUGGACAACGGCAGUUUCGAGAACAGGCCGGCGCCCGCGAUCGCCAUCGAUUACUGGAGGCUGCCUCCGGACUCGACGCUGAGGGACGUGAUCGUGGUGAUCCGAGCCGACGAGGCUCAUCACAGGGACCUUAACCACUAUGCAUCGGACAUACAAUGCCAAGGACAUGAGCUGAAGGAGGCCCCUGCUCCAAUCGGAUAUCAUUGAAUCAUAUGUUAUAUA